CGUCAGCAGUGCCACGUCACAGUGCCAGAUCAGCAGUGCCACGUCCGCAGUGCCAGGUCACAUUGCCAUGUCAGACAUAGUGCCACGUAAGCAGUGCCACGUCAGACACAGUGCCACGUCAGCAGUGCCACGUCAGCAGUACCACGUCAGACACAGUGCCACAUCAGCAGUGCCACGUAAGCAGCAGUGCCACGUCAGCAACAUGACGGGCCUGCCAGGCCAACUGGCCAAUGAGACCAUUGCCGCCUACAAGCAGCGUUGCCUGGAUCAGAUAGAGGCUGAGAAACAACGCCUGCUGGCAGUCGAGGCUGCCCGCGUACAGGCUGAAGAGGCAGCAGCAGCAGAGAAGCUGCGGCUACAGGCCGAUGCAGACGCAAAUGCCCAGGCUCGCCGCAAGGAAGCCCAGGAUCUGCUGCAGCGGCAUGAAGCCAACAGCAUCGACAGACUCAAGUACUGGCAUUUUAAACCGAACGGCGACGAGGCAACACCGGAAGAGAAGCACAAGGAGUUCCUCUCCAAACUCGUGACGCGGUUGUUGUAUGCUUGCAACUACCAAAGGUCAGAGUUGGAGAGACAGCACCGGGACCUGACGCAACAGCAUCAGGAGUUGGCGAUGCUCCGCCGCACAGUGCAGAGCCACGAGGAUGCACCUCGGGCACUCAAUGCCCGAUUGUUGGACCUGGAACAGGCUGUACCAGGACCAGCUGUUGGAGCUUCCAGCAGUGCACCCUCAAGCCGCCAACUGGAGGACCGCGUUGACCACGUAGUGGCAAUGCUCGGCGACAUCAGCACCUUCGCUGCGCCGACCACCACCAUCAGCAGUCAGCUGCAUACAUUGAAGACCGAGGUCCAGAAGAUGCAGUCGACGAACGCGGACGACAAUCCGAAGAUGUACAAGAUGCCAACUUUCAACCUGGAGAGGUUCGACGACUACACGCAGCAGGAUCCCGUCCUCUGGUGGGAAGCAUUCACAACGCAACUCAGGAUUCUGCCAGUAGCUAAGAAUGCGUACAUCGGCGCCCUGUUCCUGAACUCAAAGGGCGGAUGCCAGACCUGGUUGAGCCACCUGGCAACCUCCCACGGCGUAGACGUACCAGACUUGAAGGACGUAAUCACAUGGGAGGAACUGACACGGCUAUGGAAGAAGCGGUUCAUCGUCGACGACGCGCCGGCACUCGCCAUCAACCGUUUGUUCACCAUGUCACAGGGCAACACAGCAACACGGGACUGGAUCACGGAGUGGCAGAAGAUUGCUGCUGUGCCCAAUCUGAACCUACCAUUCGAGCAUCUACGCCGUGAGUUCUACAACAGGUCCUGUGCGGCAUUGAGCCAGACUCUUGGUGAUCGCGAGCAGUACUCAACCUUCGUGGAGAUCAUUGACAAAGCGAGGGAGAUCAUCAAGACCAACAGGUCAGCUGCACACGAGAAAUCAACAUCAUGGAAGCCGACCUAUGUGGAGAAGGUACGAACUGGUCCGCGACAGCAGCACUACGCUGCAGUCCAGCAGGAUAGUGGAGAUAACCCAGCAGCCACUCCAGCAUCAAGUGACGGAGAUCAGGUGGCCGCUGUCCAACCACGAAGCACAAACAAGUCCCGCCACAAUGGGAAGGCGAAAUCCGCAUCGCAGGCCGGAAAUGGACAGCCAGGACAGUUUCCAUGGGUCAAGUUUGGCUUGACCGAGGCGGAGUACAAGGUCCGCGGCCGCUACGGCAGCUGCUAUUGGUGCAACAGCACCAAGCACAAGACCUCCCUGUGCCAAGAUCAGGGCAAAGAGGAUACGAUCAGCAACGCCGGCCCUCUCCCAUGCAUCGACGACCUUCUUGAGCGAUUGGGUGGCGCCCAGUUCUUCUCUAAGCUGGAUCUCAAGUCAGGGUACCACCAACUCGAGAUUCGCAGGGAGGAUCGCUACAAGACCGCAUUCAAGACUCGAUAUGGGCAUUUCGAAUGGCUGGUCAUGCCAUUUGGCCUUACGAAUGCCCCAGCCACUUUCCAAGCGGCUAUGACGACGGAGUUCCGACACAUGCUGGAUCGUUUCGUACUUAUCUACCUCGACGACAUUCUGGUUUACAGYCGGAGUCUGGACGAGCAUGUGGAACACCUGCGCACCGUUUUGGAGCGGCUACGACAGGCCAAAUACAAAGCAAACCGCGACAAGUGCGAGUUCGCACAGYAGGAGCUGGAGUACUUGGGACACUAUGUGACGCCGCAAGGCAUCCGUCCGCUUGCGGACAAGAUCGAGGCCCUACGAGUAUGGCCCGAGCCCACCAACACCACGGACGUUCGUUCAUUCAUGGGGUUGGCGGGCUACUAUCAGCGAUUCAUCACCGGAUACUCCAGGAUUGUUGCACCUAUGACGAGGUUAUAGUCGCCAAAGGUGCUAUUCGUAUUCGAUGAUGACGCACGCCGGUCAUUCCAAGCACUUAAGACGAUUAUGCUCAUGGCACCCGUCCUUAGCAUUUAUGAC